CUACGUCCUUUAUAUACCAUCCGACGUUUCGAUAUUUUGCGCAAUAAGCACCAUGUCCCGCUCCAGAGUCUACGCUGACGUGUGUGCCUCGCGUCCUCGAGGGUAUUGGGACUACGAGAACUUUGACGUGGUGUGGGCAGACCAGGACGCAUACGAAGUGCGUCGGAAGGUGGACCGAGGCAAGUACAGCGAAGUGUUUGAAGGUGUCCACGUCGCCAGCGGCAGUCGAUGCUGUGUCAAGAUCCUCAAGCCUGUCAAGAAGAAGAAGAUCCAGCGGGAGAUCAAGAUCCUGCAAAACCUGCGCGGAGGGCCCAACAUCAUCCAGCUCCUCGACGUCGUGCGCGACGUCCAGUCGAAGACUCCGUCGUUGGUGUUCGAGUACAUCAACAACUACAACUUUAGGUCGCUGUACCCGACACUCACAGACUUUGACAUUCGGUACUACAUGUUCGAGCUCCUCAAAGCCCUCGACUUUUGCCACGCCAACGGCAUCAUGCACCGCGACGUGAAGCCCCACAACGUCAUGAUUGACCACGAGAAGCGCCAGUUGCGGCUCAUUGACUUUGGUCUCGCGGAAUUCUACCACCCAAACCAGGAAUACAACGUUCGAGUGGCAUCUCGGUAUUACAAGGGCCCGGAGCUGCUCGUGGACAUGCACGAGUACGAUUACUCGCUCGAUAUGUGGAGCGUGGGAUGUGUGUUGGCCGGCAUGAUCUUCAAGAAGGAGCCGUUCUUCCACGGCCACGACAACUGCGACCAACUGGUCAAGAUCGCCAAAGUCAAAGGCACAGAGGAGCUCUUCGACUACCUAACGACAUACGACUUGGAGCUGGACCCGCAGUACGACGGCAUCCUCGGCACGCACUCGAAGAAGCCCUGGGACAAGUUCGUCACCCCCGACAACAAGCACUUGGUGUCGGCGGACGCGCUCGACUUUUUGGACGGACUGCUCAAGUUUGACCACCAGGAACGGCUGACGGCCAAGGAGGCGAUGGCCCAUCCGUACUUUCAAAGCGUGCGCGACCACCGCGAUGACGAACUCUCCGUGCCGAUGGCUGACGUAGCCAUGUCGGAUUCAUAUUGAUGUUCACGUUGCCAUAUGACUGAUAAUUCGGAUCUGAUGAAUUUGCA